AUGCGGGACGAUGGAUUAACAGCCUUCCCCGGAGCCCGCCGCCGCCGCCGCUUCUGUUUCACCGCCGACCCCCUGUGCACCUCGGGAUUAUUUCAGCUCUCAGCGACCUCCCUGACCUCCUCUCUCGAGAUGACCGAGGAAUAUGUUCUGCGCUGCGUCCUGAUGCUCUGCUGCGCGCUGCUCUCGGCCAACGCGAGUAACUGGCUGUACCUGGCCAAGCUGUCGUCAGUGGGAAGCAUCAGGGAUGAGGAGACGUGCGAAAGGUUACGAGGCCUCAUCCAGAGACAGGUCCAGAUCUGUAAGCGCAGUGUGGAGGUGAUGGAUGCAGUGCGUCGAGGAGCCCAGCUGGCUAUAGACGAGUGUCAGUUCCAAUUUCGCAACCGCCGAUGGAACUGCUCCACUCUGGAGAGCAUGCCUGUGUUUGGCAAAGUGGUCACCCAGGGCACCCGUGAGGCAGCCUUUGUGUAUGCCAUCUCAGCAGCCAGUGUGGCGUUUGCGGUCACAAGAGCCUGCAGCAGCGGAGAGCUGGAAAAAUGUGGCUGCGACCACAAUGUACAUGGAGUCAGUCCAGAGGGGUUCCAGUGGUCGGGCUGCAGUGAUAACAUUGCAUAUGGAGUGGCCUUUUCCCAGUCCUUUGUGGAUGUGAGGGAGAGGAGUAAAGGCCAGUCCUCCAGUCGAGCUCUCAUGAACCUGCACAACAACGAGGCUGGCAGGAAGGCCAUCUUGUCCCACAUGCGUGUGGAGUGCAAAUGUCACGGCGUGUCAGGCUCCUGCGAGGUAAAGACCUGCUGGAAAGCCAUGCCACCCUUUCGCAAAGUGGGCAAUGUCAUCAAGGAGAAGUUUGAUGGUGCCACUGAGGUGGAGCAACGCAAGGUGGGCACCACCAAAGUCCUGGUGCCUCGCAACUCCCAGUUCAAACCUCACACAGAUGAAGAUCUGGUCUACCUGGAUCCAAGUCCAGAUUUCUGCGACUAUGACCCGCGAACGCCGGGCAUGCUGGGCACGGUGGGACGCCAGUGUAACCGAACCUCGAAGGCCAUCGACGGCUGCGAGCUGAUGUGCUGCGGCCGCGGCUUCCAGACGCAGGAGGUGGAGGUGGUGGACAGGUGCAGCUGCAAGUUCCACUGGUGCUGUUACGUCAAAUGCAAACAGUGCCGAAAAAUGGUGGAGAUGCACACUUGCCGGUGAUGGGAGUUGGGGGCACAGAGAGCACUGCUGAUGAACAAAACAAACGCCCCACACUCCUGCUCAAUUACAAGGACAGAGGGAGCAAGGAGGACUUGUGGACCUCCCUCUUCUCCGGCUUGAAACCACCCCACCCUCCUACUACUGGUCAGCGGAAACAGACUGAGUGGCUUAGAAGUCAAAUGUCAUCCUAUUCAUUUAAUGCCACCUUAAUGCAGUUCAGUAGAUUAUGCAUGGGAUUUCCUACAAAGCUACAGAGGCAGUUUGUUUCUUCUCAUGUAGAGAGCAUCUUUCACUUUCUGUCUCCCUCCCUCACUCUCAUAUUUGCUUUGUCAUUGAUGCUUCUUAUUUUUGUAAUGUUUAACUUAUUUGUUGAGACUGAGGAGAUUGACGGGAGGUGGACCUAGAAGAAAGGGA